UUUAAACCUACAUCAUCACCUCACCUGCUCAGGUUGCCUCAAAGUGAGUCUUGUUCACUUUUCAUUUGCAGCUCAAAAGGAACGGUUAGAGGGGGAAAACUGGAACCUUUCGGAGAUGAAUUUGUACAGGAGCUUCGGUGACCUUAUGGAGGUUUAUGUGUAUGAGGAGAGAACUCAUCCGGAGUCACACUGGCAUCAGGAUAACGCUGAUGGGCCUCCUGCACCUGUUUCCAACAUGGCAGUAAACCCACGCUCAGAAUCAGUAGACUCUGGAGUUGAGACGGCCAGCUGUGAAACACCAAUUCCCACCUCAGGCAAUUUUUUGUCAACGGACAACACAGAAAUUGAGAUUUUUCAGCUACCAAGGGACAGAUUCUCUCCGGCUUCAACAUCUCAGUCGCCUGUUCUCACGUCUUCUUUGCCUUCUUCUUCGUCUUCCUCUCCAAACAUGUGUUCCAGCAGAGCCGAAAAAGAACCCACACCCUUGAACCUUAAGGGAGAACCAGAGCUACAAAGGACUGAUUCUAAGAGGUGGAAGCAAGUCUAUGAGGUGCUAAGCCAUCAGCCUAAAUCAUCUUCCCUGCCUAAACAGCAUACAUCUGAUUUAAAAAGGUGUAUAAGAUUCGCGAGUUUCAAUAUGAGGAGGAGGUUCGACCCAUCAGUCCCCUCUGGGAAUGUGUCAGAAACACAGAGAGAACCUCUUUCAGUUGGUUCUGUCGAGCAGAUUUCACAGGGUUCUGGUAUGUUUGAGGGAAAGGAACUCAGUCCCGGUCUCUGCUACUUGGAGUGGGUCUGCCAAAAGAUGGAGCUGUAUGCCAAACAGAAGAUGCAAAACCAGGAGUUGCAGACAGAGACAGUUGCACUCCAGGAAAAUGAAGAACAAAAGAAUAACUCAGCAGAUUCCCAGGAGGACCAACCCUCACUUGAAAAUGCAAAGCAAGUUCCCAGUGAACCCCCGCAACAAAAAUCUCGCCAUUUCAGACAGAGAUCAGCCUCAGACACAACAUUUUCAAAACUGCACUUAAAAAAAUUAAACAGAAACUCCAGAGGGCAGCAACUAAGUACGAAUAAUCUACGGGAAAUUGAGGAGGAAGACACGACACAGAUGGAUUCCAAAAAGGAAGAAUCAAACAGAAGAAGUUUGAUCCAGAGGUUAAAAAUUGGGUCUUUGAGAAGGGCGGAGUCUGCUGCAUCAGACAUAAGGAGCCAACAGAUGCAGUCAUCAGAGAAACUCUCUACCCGGCGACGGUUCAGCCAGCUGUUCAGGAGGUCAAAGAAAGUGUCACCAAAUUAAAUGGACUACAAUCGCUGUUUCCAUAAGCUGACAUCUCAGGAGUUUUAGAUCAAAUAGUGUGUUAGCAUUGAUGCUGAUUUGAAAAUGUUUCGGCACGAUUCAGCCGUUCAUCCCUAUUGACAAAUAUCUUUGUUUAUAAGACGCAACAAAUUGAUUGACUAGAAUAUGUUACCCUUUUUUCUGUCUAGUUCAAAGCAUUAAAAAAGUAUUUUAUUAUACAGCUUCUCUUACACUUAAAGCUGCAGGAAUUAAAGACUCUUUACCAAAGUCUUAAAACUGCUUAACCACAUGUUAUUCAGUAUUGACCAGAGGAAGAUGUGGAAUAUGUAAAGAAAUUCAAACACUAUGCCUCUUUUGCUUUGUAAAUAAAUGAUGAAAUGUUUAAAUUCAA